CCACUAAAUCUAGUCCCCUUGAUGACUCUCUUAAUUCGGUUCCGGGCUGUGCUUCAGUUUGGUGUUUCACUCUGAAGGGAACUAGAUGUUGAUUUGAGACACACUCCAAUCCUCACACGCUGCAACUUUACUGCAAGUGUGUGUGUGUAUAUGAACGUUGUUUACCCUGCAUACACACACACACACACACACGUUAUGUUUUGACGCUGUUUGUAAUUUGAACGCAGGCGACAUUUUGUGGAACUGAAACGAACCUGGAGGAUUAAAAUCCUGCAACUCGGGGUCAUGGCCUUCUUGGGGAGCGCGGUGCGGAGGGCGGUGGCGUAUCGCCGACCGUUAGGGUCGCUUUACUGUCCUGCCGCUCGCUGCUACAGCGUCCAGAGUGAACACACCACAGAGAAAAGCGUCCCCUACACCAAGACCCUCAAAGAAGAGAGCGGAUUGAGCGGACCCACCAAACCUCUGCCCCGAUCCGCAGACGCCGUGGUGAUCGGAGGCGGCAGUCUGGGAUGUCAGACGCUCUAUCACCUGUGUAAGAUGGGCAUGACCAAUGUAGUGCUCCUGGAGAGGGACAGACUGACGGCGGGGACGACGUGGCACACUGCAGGUUUGUUGUGGCAGUUGAGGCCGAGCGAUACGGAGGUGGAACUUUUGGCCCACACGAGGAACGUGGUCAGCUCGGAGCUGGAGGAGGAGACGGGCCUGGAGACGGGCUGGAUCCAGAACGGAGGCCUGUUUAUCGCCUCCAACAAGCAGAGACUGGACGAGUACAAACGCCUCAUGUCGCUGGGGAAGGUGUACGGUAUCGAGUCGUAUGUGCUCUCACCUGCAGAAACCAAGGAGCUUUACCCCCUGAUGAAUGUGAAGGAUCUGUACGGGACUCUGUACGUCCCCAAAGACGGCACUAUGGACCCUGCUGGUACCUGUACCACCCUGUCCAGAGCAGCUUCUGCCCGCGGAGCCACGGUGAUCGAGAACUGCCCUGUGACGGGCAUCCAGGUGAAGACGGACCACAUGGGUGUGAGGAGGGUGAAGGCAGUGGAAACAGAAUUUGGGACCAUUGACACCCCGUGUGUGGUGAACUGCGCAGGUGUGUGGGCCACUAACCUGGGGAAGAUGGCCGGCGUGAAUGUUCCUCUCAUCGCCAUGCAUCACGCCUAUGUGGUGACGGAGAGGAUCGAGGGGAUUCAGAACAUGCCCAACGUGCGGGACCACGACGCCUCGGUCUACCUUCGUCUGCAGGGCGACGCCCUGUCUGUGGGAGGCUACGAGCAGAACCCCAUCUUCUGGGACGAGGUCUCGGAUAAAUUUGCCUUCAGCCUGUUUGACCUGGACUGGGACGUCUUCAUGCAGCACAUCGAGGGAGCAGUUAACCGAGUUCCUGCUCUGGAGCGGACUGGGAUCAAAUCCACCGUCUGUGGACCAGAAUCAUUCACUGCAGAUCACAAGCCACUGAUGGGCGAGGCUCCUGAAGUCCGGGGAUUUUUCCUGGGAUGUGGCUUCAAUAGUGCAGGUAUGAUGUUGGGAGGAGGCUGCGGGAAGGAACUGGCUCACUGGAUCAUUCACGGGCGGCCUGAGAAGGACAUGUACGGUUACGACAUCAGGAGAUUCCAUCAUUCUCUAACCAACAACAACCGCUGGAUCCGAGAGCGCAGUCACGAGUCCUACGCUAAGAACUACUCGGUGGUGUUUCCAUUUGAUGAGCCUCUGGCCAGCCGCAACAUGAGGAAGGACCCCUUUCACCAGGUGCUGUUGGAACAGGGCUGUGUGUACCAGGAGAGGCACGGCUGGGAGAGACCAGGGUGGUUCAAUAAAGACGGACCUGCACCGGUUCUGGAUUAUGAUUAUUACGGUGCUUAUGACGUUCCGAACAACAGUGAAUACAAAUACAACGAGCUUCUGGGCAAAGAGUACACCUUCGACUUUCCUCCACAUCACGACACGAUCAGAGAUGAGUGUUUAGCCUGUAGAAACGCUGUAGCCGUGUUUAACAUGUCCUACUUCGGGAAGUUUUACCUCACCGGCCCCGACGCCAAGAAAGCAGCUGAUUGGCUGUUCACUGCUGAUGUCAACAAAGCACCAGGCUCCACUGUGUACACCUGCAUGUUGAAUAAGAAGGGCGGGACUGAAGCAGAUCUCACUGUCAGUCGCCUGGUGCCUGGCCCCGCCCACCUCCCACUGGCUCCUGAAUUUAAUGAUGAGGCGUAUUACUUGGCUAUUGGAGGUGGUGUAGCUCAGCAUAACUGGAGUCACAUUGUGACGGUUUUGCAGGAUCGCGGCUUUAACUGCACACUGACUGAUCACUCUGAGGACAUGGGCAUGAUCAGCAUCCAGGGACCCAAGAGUCGGGAUUUGCUGCAGGAGGUUGUAGAUGCGGAUCUGAGUAACGAAGCCUUUCCUUUCUCCACACACAAAAUAGUGACAGCUGCUGGACACCAGGUACGAGCCAUGCGUCUGUCCUUCGUCGGAGAGCUCGGCUGGGAGCUGCACAUCCCUAAAGACUCCUGCCUGCCGGUUUAUCAGGCCGUCAUGUCCGCCGGCGCCAAAUACGGCGCCCAGAACGCAGCCUACAGAGCCAUCGACUCGCUCAGCAUCGAGAAAGGUUACAGACAUUGGCACGCUGACCUGCGCCCCGAUGACACGCCCCUAGAGGCGGGGCUUGCAUUCACCUGUAAGAUGAAGUCGUCUAUCCCCUUCCUGGGACGUCAAGCUCUGGAGAAGCAGAAGGCUGAAGGCCUGCGCAGGAGAAUCGUCUGCUUCACCGUUGACGAGAAAGUUCCCAUGUUCGGAUUGGAGGCCAUUUUCCGUAACGGCGUUCCGGUUGGACACUUGCGGCGCGCUGAGUUCGGCUACGCCAUCGACAAAACCAUCGGCUACGGAUACAUCCGCAAUCCAGACGGAGGGGUGGUGAGCCCAGAUUUCAUCCGCAGUGGUGAGUUCGCUCUGGAGAGAAUGGGCGUGGUCUACAAGGCCAAAGCCCACCUGAAGUCCCCGUUUGACCCGGACAACAAGAGAGUGAAGGGGAUCUACGGUUCAGACUGAACGUCCUGAUGCGGUCCCGUUCUCGUCCUCGCCGCAGACCUGAAGAUAAACCGGAGGUUCAGGGACGACGAGAACGCUCCUGUUGCUGUUACACACACUCGAGACUUUUCCAGCAGAACCAAACACACGCUCGGGUCUGCGUUCACGUCGGGUCUGAGCCGGGCACGUCUGAUACGGAAAUCCUUUCGCCCCGUCAGACUUUACAGGUCAUCUUAUUAGUCUUAAAAUGUCCACAAGAAAGCAAAUGUAUUAACUAGUAAUAGAACUGUCUGUAAAAUUCAAUCGAAAACGUAAACGUGUCUUAGUAAAAAUAUUUAAAAGCCAAAAAAAUACGAAUACGAAAAUACGAAGUGUGUACCGUCUAACAGUGUGUUCUUUUCUUUUCUUUCUUUCUCAGCGCAGAUAUAAGUGGAGAGUUGUAUACUCGUUAGCUACAAGGCUAAAUUAGCUGACAAGUAAACGACGCGCGCAGCCUCCAGUUUAGCUUCAUCCUUCACACUGGUGGAUAUAUGCGUCCGUUAGUUGUUAGCAACAUUAGCUUUGUAGCUCCAGCGCAAAAAUUGUGUCCACGUUAUUUUAUAUAUAAAUGCGUGUGUGUGUGUGUGUGUGUAAGAAAAGAAAAAAAAGGAGACCAUGUGACGGUUUACAUCCUGUGUAUUUGGAAUUUAAGCACAUUCGACAGCACCAAAGUCGUCCUAUAAAAUUGUUCCAGUCUGACAGAGAAGUCUUUCCGAUGAGUUUAUGAGCAAUAAAAUGAAAAGGUCAUGUA